ACCACGUGUGAGAUUCAUAAGGUGUACAGUAGGCGGCGAUAAUACUCCACUUCAGUAACAACAAAGAAGAAGAGUAGGCAGGCAGACCAGUUCAAAUCACGGCACAAGAGUCUCAGCCAAAUGUACAGACAACAACCAUUAAAACAGCAGCAAAUGUGUAUAGACUCUGUGAUCACAGUUUCAAACCAUCCAGAUGUAAUAAAUAAAGACUGUUUCAUGGACAUAAGCUUGCGGACAAAGCGGAGUAUGCGGUCGUGUUGGAGGAAUUUGCUGGCAAACUUCAGGACACGACUCUGGCCGUCUGCGGCUCAUGUAAAACUCCGUUAUUGAGGUACGAUCGCGUGUCCAAAGACGCAGAACGAAUUAUAAUACUCAUUCAUUCAGGGUAUGUGGAAGAAGACCAGAGAGAAACGGUGUGCGACUUCAAUUCCCACACUAGAGGUGAAGAGAAGAGACGACGAGAAGUGAUGGACACAGCAGCAAAAUGAUGAUGAUAAAAACACUGUAUCCAGCUCCCUACAGUUCACUGACAGCGCUGCAGCUCAUCAGACAAUACUGUACCAAAGUCGUUGUCAACAUUGCUUAGUGCAUGUGGAGGAUAAUAGUACACGGAGAAACUCAAAACUGCAUCAAAACCUUUACUGGAGAAACUAAAAACAUUUGAGGAGUUUCAACAGACUUUGCAUAGUACAGCAAAACAUAUUAAGUUUCAGGCCCAGCACAUAGAGAGGCAGAUUAAGGAAGAGUUUGAGAAACUUCACCAGUUUCUACGUGUUGAAGAGUCAGUAAGGAUAACUAAACUGAGGAAGGAAGAACACCAUUAGAGUCAGACAGUGAAUGAGAAUAUUAAGAAAAUGAACACAGAGAUUUCCUCUCUUUCAGACACUACCAGAGCUAUAGAGGACAAGAUGAAAGCUGAAGAUGCUUUAUUCCUACAAGCAUGUCCGUUUACGUACAGCAGAUUCAAUAUACUGGAGACAAAUGCGAAGUUGUUUUUGAAAAUGUGUUGUUCUAUAAUCUGUCAUUUUUACAGACUAAUGCCGCUUUGAAAAGAGUUUCCCAGUGUAAAGCACCGGAUCCGGAGGACAUUUCUGGAGUUCUGAUCAAUGUGCCAAAACACCUGAGCAACCUGAAGUUUACUGUGUUACAGAAGAUGCAGAAAACUGUUGAUUACACUCCUGUGACCUUUGACCCCAACACUGCUCACUGUAAUCUCAUCCUGUCUGAGGAUCUGACCAGUGUGAGAUACAGCGAUGAGGAACAGAUUCUUCCUGAUAAUCCAGAGAGAUUCGACAUGUUUGCGUGUGUUCUGGGCUCAGAGGGCUUUGACUCUGGCUCUCACUGCUGGACUGGGACAGUGGAAAGCUGUUGUUCUCUGACCCUCUUACUGAGACACACAUACACUCUUUAACAUACACGUUCUCUGAAAGAUUAUUUCCAUUUUUUGGUGUUGGCUGUGACAUUUCUCCCUUGGUUAUCUUACCAUUAAGGUCAGUUUGCUAAAAUCUUGCAGUCUUCUGUCAGCUCCUAUUCUGGUGUUCCUCAUAUAGGAGUCACACUUGUGAUCUUCUGUGGUCAACUUAGAAGACAAUAAGCGUUAAAAUUUUUAAUGAAAGAAAUGUGCUAUACUUUGUUUCUAUCAUAUUUAUUCUUAAAUAUUGUGUAUUUUGAGAGAAUUUUCAUGGUACUAAACAAUAUUUACCUCUGAAUUACCAUUUAUUUCUAUAUAAAAUAAUACAAAUGCUACAACAUAUAUUUCAUGUUAUUUUAAAUUAAUAGUGUUUAAGAAGAAAAAAAAUAAUAAAACUGAAUGAACGUCAGGCAGAUUGGUGCCCCCUAGUGGAAUAAAGAAAAUCAUAUGCCUGUAUAGCUCUAGAGCUGUGUAUUCCCUGGUUUUCAGAUGUAAUGACUUGUAUAAGGUUUCCAUUUGGACAUAUAUUUAGACAUAACAGAUACUACUUUAUCAUGGCUGAUUUGUAGAUUGUGUCUCAAAAAAUCACUAUUUAUUUUCAUAUUUCUAAUAUUUUCCAUGCCUUUCUAAUGGCGAACAUUUUUGAUUGCGAAGAUCACAAAUGUGACUUUUUUUAAGACCAUUUAGCCUUUUUUAAUCAUGUCCACACUUUGUGUGUUCAUAUAGCAAGUGCCAUAAAAGUCAUCAACUUCCGUACCAUUCUGAAGUAAAAGAAAAAAAAAAACAAUUUAAAUGUAAAGUACAAAGAACAGAAGAGAAGAGGAUGUGCCAGUUAAACUACUGCCAAAGACCAUAUCUGCUAUACUCUCUGAUACUGGUUUGUAAUAUACUGAUUUUGGAUGCAGUUCAUUAUACGUUUUAGGGCUUAAAUGGAAAAAUACAUUAUAAGCAUUAUAAGCCUCCUGAAUGAAAACUGUGCAACCCAGUGUCCCAAAAAUACUUGUAUAUAUGUAUUAUAG